CGGUGACAGUCAGAUCUCUGUGUAAAAGGAAAGCUGCCUUCAGUACAGUGAAGUUUUUCUUCAUCGCAGCUAGGCUUUCAGGGCAACAUAGAUUAAACCAGGAAGGCUUACCAAAAUGGACCCAUUUUUGUCUCUUCUGCAUUCAUUUUCCAUGAGCUUAUCUGACAGUGAGCUCUCUGCCCUUAAAUUUCUGUGCCUGAGCAAAAUUGGCAAAAGGAAGCUUGAGUCUGUCAAAACUGGCAAUGAUCUCUUCACCAUCCUCCUUGAACAGCGGGAGAUUGCAAGAGAGAAGGUAGAUUUUCUCCAGCUCAUGAUCAAAACCAUUAAAAGAGAAGAUCUGAUAAUGCAACUACAGGAGUUCAUAGAAGGUGGACAAGGCGAUGUUGUCGACCAUCUAGAUGAGAAAGAAAAAUGUCAACAGAAUGUAGCUUUUGAAGUUAUAUGUGACAAUGUUGGGAAGAACUGGAAAAUGCUAGUUCGAAGAUUAGGAAUUUCUGAUACAAAAAUUGACAGAAUUCUGACAGCCAAUCCUUAUAACUUGCAAGAACAAUUGAUGCAGUCACUUCGAGAGUGGCAGAAAUGGAAGGGAAAGGAAGCUAAGGUUGCUGACUUAAUAAAAGCCCUUCGGGAUUGCAAAAUGAACUUAGUAGCAGACAAAGUUGAACAUGAACUUUUCCAACAGGAGGACUAAAACUAAAUGAAAUCAAAACAAUAUAUAUAAAAUGCAACAUUAAAACUGAGAGCUUAAAUAAAAAGGGAGGAAAUGCUGUCUAAUUGUUAGAACAAGAGUUAGGAUACUCCAUUAUUGAUUUAGGAGCUUAAAUUCACAUUUAGAGACAUAGACCAAGACUUUCAGAAAACUCUUAUGAUUUUGGGUCCUUAAUUUUUGGAUUCUCAAUCUGAGGCAAUUUAAAGGGUUUUGAUAUUUCAGAAAAUGCUGAUUACCUGCCCUUUGAGAAUCCUUAUCUUUUAUCAAGUUAGGCACCCAAAAUCAUUAGUAUCUUAUGAAAAUUCUGGCCUUAGCCUCUGAUUUGUAGACACUUAAAUCUUGAUGUCCAUGGUCAUAUUUAGUCACUCAAGUAUGAAAUUCACUUUGCCUCCCACAUCUGCCAAAUAGGAAUAUUACUAUGUACUUGUGGUACCUACCUCGAAGGAGUGUUGUGAAGCUUAUUCAUGUAAUGCUUAUGAGGAAGUUUAUGCUCCUUGAAUGAAGUGCUUCUUCCUAAGUGCAAAAUAUUAUUCUUAAAUUCACAAAAAUCAAGAAAUUCAAAGUUGCAAUUCCUUCAGUAGCCAUAACUCAGCCCACUAUCCAUAUAUGGUAUUUUGCAUGACUGCAGAUGCUUUUAAAAUUUUGCCUUGAAAUAUGUACUCAGGGUCAUUGCUGUGGGAACCUGACUUCUAUGCAUUUCCAAAUUUUUAAAGGUGGCUAAAUAAUUUUGUUUGUAAUAAAAAAACCCAAAACAGACACUAGCAAUAUGCUGCCCUUCCUGCCAGAUCUUGAGAGGUAAGGAAUAUGUUCUGAAUGGUGCUUCAAGCGCUUUUUUUUCAUGCAAGGAUAUUAAGCACCAUAUAGAAUUAGGCCUUAAGAUUGCAGUGCGAGGAGCCCAGCAGUUCUUAUGGCCUUUCCUCAGCUCAAACGUCCCUGUUUUCAGAAUAAACUGCCUGAGACAAAGGGUUUAUAUUAAGUACCUUCCCUGCCAUAAAGAAAGGGAUGCUAUCCUGACACUGUAAAAUACAUAGAAAGACCUUGCCCUGUAGUUGUGUAGGGGGCCCUCCUUGUUCCUCCUGCAAAAGAUUUCCGCCAUUGUAAAUGUACAUCUGAAGAUGCUGCUCACAGCCACCACCAACUCAGAGACUCUGACAGCCCACCCUGUUAGUAGAAGCCAGAGCACUGCCCCCAUUCAGAUCAUCCACCCAGUUUUCAAUGGGGAAAGUAGAAUUCAGUUGUCUGUGCUCUUGAUAACAUCGCAUGUUAAGAUAAAGAGAUACAGAGUGAAUAAAACAAAAGCUUUUCUUAUGGAGAAAUGAAGUUACUGAAGAAAAUAUAAUCCCAUCACCUACAGUUUAUCCACCUUGCUAUGCAGAUGAGGAUCAGUUCUCCAUCACCACAUGGUGCUCUAAUUGAAGGUAGCUCCAGGUCCAAUACUCCUUUCAUCAGCUUUCUUCAGUUUUCCUUCACAUCAGUUCCUUAACACCACUCCCUUCAAGGAACCCAUAAAUAGCCCACAGUCAAAAAAGCAUGGAUGGGCAAGGCCAGUUUAAGGUCAUGUGGGGCCUCCUGCAAACUUCAAAUUGGGCCCUUACACUAACCCACGAUUGUGAAAACUGCACCUACUUUAAGACCUGCUUUCAUGCCUCUGUGUCAUCUAUGUCUAGUGCCAGCAUCUUGCAUGAGUUCCUCUGAAAUCAGAAUUGAUGUGACUGACUAGGACAGCGGGUGGACUCUGAAACAUCCUACUAAGAACAUAAUGUAAAAUUCAUACCUAAAGGGAGAGGCUUCACCUUGCUGCUGAACCUGUCUCGUUUUAUUUUGUGUAGCUGAUAGCAUCCUGCUCUUUGUCAGUUUCUCACUACAUGGCAGCAUCACUGCACUCAGCACCAGAAAUUGACAAGAAGCCUGAAAUUCAAUAGGAAUGACAGCAGGCAGAAACAACACAAAACUGUUAUGAGUGUCUCCAUAUUUUCAAUUCAGCUGAUGUCUGAGCUUCAGAAAUUGACAAGUUAACACAAUUACUAGAUUACAAUUACUAGAAAGGUUGAAGUAAUGUAUACCCAGUACCUUCAUACAACAUUGUCAUAAGGGCUUUUCUUUAGACACUGAACAAUGAAAGAUUGGCACACACAUAUUUAUGAUCCUAAUAAGCCAGAGACCAAUGUUUGCUAGUGUCUACAUAGAAAGGAGUAAAGGGUGAUGCUCUAGCUUUCACAUAUCUGCCUUUGUGUAUAUACAGUUUAAAGUAAUUAAAUAGAACAAUAGCUUGCUUUGCCUGUAUCUCAUACAGACUUCAGAAGAGUUUAGUUCUUAAAAACUAAUGAAUAAAUAAACAGAUUCUGAAUUCAGUGCUGAAUAAAAUGCUAAUCUUGAGCUGAAUGACUAAUUCAACAAAUUUUAUUUUGUUAAAAUAUCUAUGGAUUUUUUUUUCAUUAUUUUUCCCACUCUAAAGAUAACACUAGCUGUUUCAAAAAUUUCUGCCCAUCAUUCUCUAUAUUCAGGGGGGGAUUUUUGGUAAUGUUGGCUGGAUGAGCUGUUAUGUUUACAGAAAACGCAAAUGUAAUUGAGUAGUGAAAUAGCAAGUGAAAUAACAAACCUUCUCUGCAACAACUCAAAGUUCAAUGUCCCAAGCAUUUUGUCCUCAUUACUUUUCCCCCUUUAUUCCUAAUAUUUAACAUAACAUAUGGACUUUUGGAUCACAGCAGAUAUACAUAUAUAUGAUACAAAGAUUACAAAUUUGGUACUUCUUGCAUGUAAUUAGAAUAUCUUCUUUUGAGAACUGGAAUAGUUUUUACGUGUGGUUGAAUCGUAUUUUUGAAGAGAGCAGCACCUGACCCAUACUAUGGUUAAAAACCAAAUUUGCUCAAGAAUUGGAACAUAAUAUAAAAUGUGUUGACCCUGUGAAAUAAGGAAGCAAUGGGGUGGGACGGGAGGGGAUUGGUAGGAUGCACCAAAUAGAUCAUGUUUGAAUUUCUGCAUGUAAGGUUGAAGUUGUAAUGUAAGAUUUUAUAUGUGCAUUUUACAAAUGUUAUUUCUUAAAACAUCUUUCCUGUCAUGAAAAAAUGAAUUUGGUAUCUGUGUUGGUAGGGGAGAAAAAGGUAAAAAUGUGCAGUGGUCAAUUAUAUAUUUCCCUGUUUUGACAUAACAGAAGAAAAGGAGAAAUAUGGGAGCCUUCAUUCAAAGUUUAAUUUUUUCGUGAGUUCCCAAUAUCAAAAAGUUAUGAUUAAAAAUCCAAAAUUCAGCUUCUUAUAGUCACAUAAACUGUGAGGGAAACUGUGUCCAAUGAUUAGUAGGGGAACUAGAAGACCUCUCUUCUGUUCCUAAUUCUGCCAUUAGCCUCCACUAAGCUUGGAGAGGAAAAAAAUCACUUGGUCUCUAUAUGCCUCAAUUUCCCCAAUUAUAGAAUGGGAGUAAAAAGAGUUCACCAUAGUUAUCAGGAGCUCUGAGAACAAAGUAUUGUCAUUAAUGCUCCCUCACCCACUCACAAAUUAUGAACAGCAAAAGUUUAAAUGAAAGACAUGCAGAGUUAAUCUCUAAUUUAAAUUCUGUGAAUCCCUACAUUAUGUGGCUUAUAAAUGAAGUCAUAUUACAGCCUUUAUAACCUUUUAAUAUAUAGUUUAAAGGGAGAGCAUAAAGUCAUAUCCUUAAAAUAAUAAAUAGCAUGAGAACUCAAAAAUGUUAGAAAUAUUUCCCCAUUCUGUGUUUACUUUUUGUAUUUCACUUUUUGUGCAAUAAAAAUAAACUAGAUUUUUUUAAUGUGCAUUGCUAGUGAGUUUUGCUUCCUGAUUCUUAUGCGCAAUGAUGAAAUGCUUAGAUUACAAAAAAAUAUAGGUGAAUGCUUAAAGCCAAACAAAAAUCGGUUUUCAAUUAUACUUGUUAAAUUGAAUUAAAACAUUUAAAUUGAAUACUAAACCUUGUUUUUAAAUAGUGGCAAUACUAAAACCUACAUUUUGGGCAUUGGUUACUAUGUUCAUUUUCAUAAAUUCGAACAAUAUAACAUGUAAGACUUACUGCUGUGUCUCUUGGAAUUUCUUAUAGUUACUACUGGGGCACAAUUGCCACAGUAUGGAGACGUGAAUGUACCACAUCAUUCUAAAGUAGGCCAGUGUCAUCUCAGAAAGGUUCUGCCUCCUCUGGAGAGCCUGAAACCAAAUCCCUGCACAAAGUGUUGCAUGGGGAAGAGAUGUGAUGUAAAAGAGUGCCCUAAAAUUCUCUUUCUUUGUAAAUCUGACCACGCAAUGUUGAGUAGAGACUCAGGAGGCUUAUUUGGCAGGAGAGAAGGCACAGCACUUUUUAAAAAAAAAUGCAUGAACACAGCUCAAUCUGAGUCUGUUCAGGCUUCUGGAGACAUCUGGGCAUGCUCAGAGAUUAAACAGACAUUAGCAUAGUCACUCCAGUACAAAUGUGACACCAUACCAUUUGAAAAUAUAGAUAUAUUUAUAUAGUGCAUGUAUUACUGUAAUACGAGUGCCUGUGAUGCUCAUUCUAGCAACUUCAUACCUUAUCCUUCCACCACCUUGUGAGGGCCAAAUACUUCAUGAGAAUUACUAAAGCCUUACCUACUCAGACCCAUGGUCUGCUAAUGAGUUGUUUAAAAAAAUAUAUCAAAAUGAGCUACCAGUGCUAAGGAUGCUGGGCACCUCUCCCACCUCUUAUCUCAGGCACAGUACUUUUGGAGGGCUCUUUCAUCAGGUCACUGGAGAGGGGAGAUAGUGGGCCUGUCAUCUUCCCUGACCUCCUCCCCCCAACUUGCCUUUGUGUUUUGGAAUAUGAAUCAUAUAUAAUGUGUUUAAAUGUAAAAAAAAUCCAUGUACCAUUAUUUUUCCAGAAAUUAAUGAAAGAAUUUAAGUACUUAUGCUGUAGGGUCAUAAUUAAAAUUCCUUUUAUGCAAAAGGUUUAAGUGCAAUGUUUGUUUUGCUUCCACAUUCUCUAUCCCUGGAGCACAUUUUAUCGCACAUUUCACU